GUUGUCUUAGUCUUCGCUCUUAGUAUUGGUGCUCUUGUAAUAUACUUCAUCGAUUCAUCAAACCCUAUAGAAUCCUGCCAGAAUUUCUACAAAGAUUUCACAUUACAGAUCGACAUGGCUUUCAAUGUGUUCUUCCUACUCUACUUUGGCUUGCGUUUCAUAGCAGCCAAUGACAAGCUAUGGUUUUGGCUAGAAGUUAACUCAGUAGUAGAUUUCUUCACAGUCCCUCCAGUGUUUGUGUCAGUAUAUUUAAACAGAAGUUGGCUUGGUUUAAGAUUUUUAAGAGCUCUUAGGCUGAUACAGUUUUCAGAAAUUUUGCAGUUUCUGAAUAUCCUUAAAACAAGUAAUUCCAUCAAGCUAGUGAAUCUGUGCUCUAUAUUUAUCAGCACAUGGCUGACAGCAGCUGGGUUCAUACAUUUGGUGGAGAACUCAGGGGAUCCGUGGGAAAAUUUCCAAAAUAAUCAACCACUAACAUAUUGGGAAUGCGUUUAUUUACUGAUGGUUACAAUGUCUACUGUUGGCUAUGGAGAUGUUUAUGCAAAAACAACCCUUGGUCGCCUUUUCAUGGUCUUCUUCAUUCUUGGAGGAUUGGCCAUGUUUGCCAGCUACGUCCCUGAAAUCAUAGAGUUAAUAGGAAACCGCAAGAAAUAUGGUGGUUCCUAUAGUGCGGUUAGUGGAAGAAAGCACAUAGUUGUCUGUGGUCACAUAACACUUGAAAGUGUGUCCAACUUCCUGAAGGACUUCCUGCACAAGGAUAGGGAUGAUGUCAACGUAGAAAUCGUCUUUCUACAUAAUAUCUCCCCUAACCUUGAGCUGGAAGCUCUUUUUAAACGACACUUCACUCAGGUGGAAUUUUAUCAGGGUUCAGUCCUUAAUCCCCAUGACCUGGCAAGAGUGAAGAUAGAGUCAGCAGAUGCGUGCCUAAUCCUUGCCAAUAAAUACUGCGCUGACCCAGAUGCUGAGGAUGCCUCUAAUAUUAUGAGAGUUAUUUCAAUAAAGAAUUAUCAUCCGAAGAUAAGAAUUAUCACCCAGAUGUUGCAGUAUCACAAUAAGGCCCAUCUGCUAAAUAUCCCAAGCUGGAACUGGAAAGAAGGGGAUGAUGCAAUCUGUCUUGCUGAGCUCAAGCUGGGCUUCAUCGCCCAGAGCUGCCUGGCACCAGGCCUUUCAACAAUGUUAGCCAACCUCUUCUCUAUGAGGUCAUUCAUAAAG